AUGGAAGAUACAGAAGUAUCCAUCAAAGAUGUUUAUCUACUGCUGAAAGGAGUAAAUGAGAAUAUGGGUAAAAGGAUCGAAGUGUUAGAAGAGACUACCAGAAGUUUGUCUACAGCUGUCUGCAAAGAAGUGGAAAUCACAAGGAAUAAAGUCGAAAUACUCGAAAAAGAAAAUGUUACACUAAAAAAUAAAGUAUCUAAAUUUGAGAAGCAGCUUAAACUCAACAAUCUUGUAAUUUACGGCAUUGAAGAAAACGAAGACGAAAACCAAGAAAAAUUGAUCAAUACUUUUUCCGAAUUGACAGCAAUAAAACUAGAAGUGGAGAUAAAAAGAAUCGAAAUAAAUAACAUUUUCAGACUAGGAAAAAAGACAGGACAAAAGAGACCUAUACUUGUUUCGCUCGGUUCUCAAAUCAGAAGACAAGAAAUUUUGAGAAACGGACCAAAGUUGAAAGGAACCAAAAUAGUGAUUACCGAAGACCUAACAGACGAAGAACAGAAAGAAAGAAAAAUUCUAUUAGGGGCGCUGAAAGAAGCUAGGUCAAACAACAAAACGGCAUUUUUGACACGAAAUAAACUGAUAGUAGAAGGCGAAACAUUAACAGCAGCAGAUAUUGAAAACUCGAAGGAAUUAUAUCAGAAAGAAAGUGAUUUCUCGCCAAUUACUAAAAGGAGGGUGGUGAGUAAACCUCCUACACCUUUCCCAAAGGAAAUCGAAAGAGAAGAAAACCUACCAGUAAUAGAAAGGGAGAAAGAGGCAGAGAAAGAGACAAAAGAAGACAACAUUGAAGUAGAAAGUGAGAAAGAAGUACUGAAAAAGGGAUCUACCACAGCAGAGUCAAAAAACCCGAAGGAAGAAUUGAAAAAGUUUUUUGGAGAGGAGUUCCUGCCCAAACCUCAACAGCAGAGACCCCGAAGGAAAGUAUUGCACAGGGAAGAAGCUUGA